AUGCCGUCAAACUCAGAAGCGCUGGCCUCUUUCGUGGAGUCAGCGCCGCCAGGAGAGCUGUCGAAUGUCACGAACGCCAUCAAGACGAUAGCAGGAGACAGCUCCCUCCAAUCGCUCGGUCCCGCGCUCGAGAGAUACAACGAGGAGCAGUUCACAACGGUCACGCUACCCGGUAGCAGCCAACCUGUCGUAGUCAGCUCCUACAAUUCCCUCGGCGACGGACGCUACUUCGACGUCGAGAGCCAGAGCUCGUUCGCAUUCGACCACAACACACAAAAAGCAUCAGCUGUUCAGUCGUACGCGCUGGAAUCGAAGAACGCGGACCUCAUCAAAUCCAUACUGAAGUCGCUGUCUACACAUUCGAAUGAGCACUACCCAUCGAGCUCGCUGGGCGUGUAUCCGAUCGAGAAUGACGGCGCUAUUGCGAUACUUUUAGUGGCGAACAAGUACAGUCCAAACAACUUCUGGAACGGCCGCUGGCGAUCCCAGUACACCUUCUCCUCCGGCCAGCUGACCGGCAGCAUCCACGUCGAUGUCCACUAUUACGAAGACGGCAACGUGCGCCUACUGACUGACAAGCCCGUAUCUGCCUCCUUAUCGUCUUCCGCCUCGGCGUCAGAGAUCGUGCGCCAGAUUGCGAGUAUCGAGAGGAAGUAUCAGGAAGACCUGAACAAGGCGUUUGGGAGUUUGAGCGAGGGUGCGUUCAAGGGACUGAGGAGGCAGUUGCCUAUCACGAGGCAGAAGAUUGAGUGGGAGAAGAUUAGUGGGUAUAGGCUGGGGCAGGAUAUUGGUGGUGGACGGGCAAGGUGA